AUGAGCACGGACGACGCUACGGAUAAACCCGAAAUGCUCCGCUCCAUCUCGUUGCCAGUUAAACCAAAACAUCUCACGCCAACUCCUUUGUCGCGUUCACCGAAGCACGAAAAGGUCAACGAGAAUGAUGUCGACUAUUAUCCAGAGAGUCCAAGCUGUUCGCGUCGCUCCCAAACUAGGCUGACACCAGGAGAUAGCACACAAGAGGAUAGUCGCAGUGAUCAAAAUUUUCCCUCCACACACGAUUGGGUGGGCAGCACCAUUGAACUCAGUCCAACCGCUGAUGAUGAUGGCUUGCGACGCACGAUGCAUCGUGUGAUGCAGAGGAAUGGACGCGAGAACGUCGUCUUUCGACGUGUGCCAGAAAAAUCCAGACGCUAUAUGCGUGAUGUGAUCAACACUUUGAUUGAAUUGAAGUGGAAGUAUAUGCUUACACUCUUCUUGAGCAGCUUCUUCCUCAGCUGGAUAUUCUUUGGUGUCAUGUGCUAUCUGGUUGCCUAUUACCAUGGUGAUUUCAUUUUCGAUGCAGUAACUGGUGAACGUUUGGGCGAUGGCGCUGAACCGUGUAUCAUUGGUGUCAACGGCUUUGUGUCUAUGAUGCUGUAUUCGAUCACCACACAAACUACUUUGGGUGGCGGGCAAUUUGCUAGCGAGGAAUGUCCCGAGACCAUAUUUCUAUAUAUCAUGCAGAUGAUGUGCGGCGCUGCCAUCGAAGGAUCCAUGGUUAGCAUUGUUUAUGCCAAAACAAUGCGUCCUGCCAAGCAAUGUACCAAACUCAAGUUUAGCGAUAAGGCGGUGAUUUCUUAUCGCGAUGAGAAACUGUGUUUGCUGUUUCGUGUUUCUGAUCCACGUGAGCGGCAGUCCAUCGACUCCAAGAUUCGUGUUUACAUGAUUGUGGACAAACACACACGCGAGGGCGAGCUCAUAAAGACGCACACGGAACUGAAGCUGGAGGGGAAUGGCGAGCAGUUGAUUGUUUGGCCGGACAUUGUGUGCCAUGUCAUCGAUGAGACGAGUCCACUGCAUCGCUUCGAUAGUGCGAAGAAGUUUAAUGCUGCCCAAUUUGAAUUGUAUGUGACAAUUGUGGGCACUUCACCGACCACAGCGCAAAUGACGGAGGCAAAGACAUCGUAUGUGCCGCGAGAGAUCUUUUGGGGUCAGCGCUUCGUUAACAUUAUCCAUUACGAUGCUGAGGAUGAGCGUUAUAUGGUAGACUACGAGAAUUUCAAUACAACCAUAUCGGUGGACAUGCCAGUCAAUUUGUCGUCGGCAGAGCAGCAACAGCAAUUGGCAUUGGAGGCUUAGUGCAAAUGAUAAAUAUAUAUAUUAUAAAA